AUGGAAAAGAAUCUCCCUGAAGGCGCAGGCCCCCUGCACAUGCCUUUUGGGCAUGUUGUAGCUAAUGAAAAGUGGUGCGGGUCUCAAAUGGCGCAGGGGAUGCAAGGGAAAAUUAAACUCAUUUUUGAGGAUGGCCUGACACCAGAUUUUUACCUGUCCAGCAGAUCCUGCAUUCUUUAUGUCACUGAAGCUGACUUGGUGGCAGGAAAUGGCUACAGAAAAAGACUUGUUCGAGUUAGAAAUUUCGGUAACCUUCAAGGGAUCGUAGUAGUUGAAAAAACACAGAUCAAUGAGCAGUACUUCCCAGCCAUACAGAAGUUCACUGUACUGGACCUUGGGAUGGUGUUACUUCCAGUAGCCAACCAGAUGGAAGCAUCCUGCCUCACUGUUCAGUUAGUACAACAGCAAUCCAAAGAACCCAGUAAGAACCCUUUCCUCAGGAAGAAACGGGCUCUGCUCUCUGAGCCAUACCUCCUUCGAACUGUGCAGCAGAUCCCAGGAGUUGGAAAAGUUAAAGCUUCUCUUCUGCUUCAGAAGUUUCCAAGUAUCCAGCAACUGAGUAAUGCUUCUGUUCAAGAACCUGAGCCGGUAGUAGGGCAAGUGGUAGCACAGCAAAUCUACACCUUCUUCACCCAAUCCAGGUGA